AUGGUCAAUGAAAAGCCCAAGGAAGGAGUCAAGACUGAGAAAAAUGAUCAUAUUAAUUUGAAGGUGUUGGGUCAGGAUGCUUCUGUGGUGCAGUUAAAAAAUAAAAAAAAGAUUAAGAGGCAUACAACACUUAGCAAACUAAUGAAAGCCUUCUGUCAACCACAGGGUUUGUCUAUAAGGCAGAUCAGAUUCCCAUUUGAAAGACAGCCAGCCAGUGAAACAGACAUACCCACACAGUUGGAAAUAGAGGAGGAAGAUAAAACUGAUGUGUUCCAGCAGCAGACAGAAGGUGUCUACUAA